AUGUAUCACGUAAGAAUCUCGCAUACACGCAAUCAGGCUCACAUGCCUUCACAUUUCUACCUGGCCUGGUACAUUUGCAAAUAUGCUCACACCUUCACAUCUGCCUGCAGACAAGUGUCCACACCGCAUGCGGACGGAGCGCAACCUUUGCCCAAUGGUGUGGACUCAUGUACAGAAAGAGGCAGACCGGCAGACCGGCGCACGGGCGAGAGGCAAACGGCGAACUGUUGCCGUUGCGGGCGCAGGGAGGGCGAGCGGGUGGAGAUUGGAGGGCGAAUAGGCACCGACAUGGCCCAUUCUGUCAUGGCGCGAUGUCAACGCGACGCCGCCCGGAGACUCUGUUGUUGUCAGGGCGGGAGGGGGGCGAUGAGUAAUCGACAGAUGCCACCGGCUGCAUGUGCGCGUGUGCAACAAAUCAUGCCAACUCCUCGUGAAGUCGGGCGCAGAGACAGGGCUUUCGGCUCUGGCCAGUCGCCCACCCCUCGUCUGGCCUUCUGGCCUUCUGGCCAGUCCGGAGACAAGCAAACACUGCUCACGUCGUCAUGUCAUUCCGGCCGGAGUCAUGACAAGUUGCCUGAUGCGUCUGCAACGCAACUCGUGCCCUCUUGUCUCUCUCGGCCACCGGCACCCUUACAAGCACACAGACAGACACGAGGACGGGCACACGAUUGUGCACCGGUGACAUCGUCAGUCCACAAGCAUGAAUGA